AUGCACGUUAGAAUCCUCAAUACACGUGCGGCUGAAACAAGUCUUACACACUUGGAAUGCCGGUCAAGACCUAUGGCACACCCCGCCAAGGAUGCCCAGGUCAUCAACAUCUCACACGUCGAAAAAUACCUCAACACAUGUGUGGUUGUCAUCCAUAUCGAACUAGGGAAGUCUAUUGCCGUUGGUUACAUCAAAGAACAAGAUCUAGAAGGCGAGUUAUUUAACAAGUGGUAUCAGAGCCAGGUUAAGGGUUCUACGAUGUCUAAAGGGAAGAUGAAUGCGGAUCUAGUACCUGCGUUAAAGCCCUUUGACGGCAAGGAUGACCUCACGGAUUGGCAAAGGAUGAUGAAGAACGUACUGAUACAGCAAGAUUUGGAUGAUACCUUCCUUUGCUUUCCAAGAACACAAUAUUCACAAAAGUCCAGUUUGCAAGAUGACACACCUUCCAACAAGCCUUGCUUGUGUAAUUCUUGCAACCCUUUAUGGCUUAUGUGCCCAAGCCUAUGA